GGUGAAGGUUCAAGCACACCUGUAGAGGUUUAGCAACAAGGUUAUUGUGAGAAAGAGGUGGAGACCAAGGAAGGAGUGAUGGAAUGAUCCCGGUAAAGGGAUAAUGGGAGUAUAGGAAAGAGAGGAUCAGGGAUUGGAGAGGGAGCAGAUAUAUGGCUGCAGAAAUUAAGGAGGUAUGCUCAUCCCAGAGGAAUCAGUAUUCUUACUCAUUUUUUUAAAGGAAGCAACCCUAAUGCCCAGUUUCCACUGGAAGAAAAGAUGCCCCUAGAUUCUAUGUUGGGGAAAGGAGUUGUCUCAGCUUGGGUGAUUAAGAAGGCAGAUAGGAAGGAAGGAACUAGUAAAGAAAAAGUACUGAGGUUAAAAGAGCAUGAAGGACAGUGGCAGGGAGAGGAGGCUGGACUGCUGGGAGAUAGCUGGGGGUACAAAAGGCAGAGACCAGUCAAGAGGGUUGGAGAACGAGGUGCGUCGAGAAGGAGUCCUGAAGAGAAAAGGAACAACUCAGUGCUUGGCAUAUAGUGGCGAGAAUGGAGCUGUGGCCAGGGGCAUGGACACUGCUGCUGCUGCUCUUCCUGCUGCUGCUCUUCCUGCUGCCCACCCUGUGGUUCUGCAGCCCCAGUGCCAAGUACUUCUUCAAGAUGGCCUUCUACAAUGGUUGGAUCCUCUUCCUGGCUGUGCUAGCUAUCCCUGUGUGUGCUGUGCGAGGACGCAACGUUGAGAACAUGAAGAUCUUGCGGCUGAUGCUGCUCCACAUCAAAUACCUGUACGGGAUCCGAGUGGAGGUGCGUGGGGCUCACCACUUCCCUCCUUCACAGCCCUACGUUGUCGUCUCCAACCACCAAAGCUCCCUCGACCUGCUUGGGAUGAUGGAGGUACUGCCAGGCCGCUGUGUGCCCAUUGCCAAGCGGGAGCUACUGUGGGCCGGCUCUGCUGGGCUGGCCUGCUGGCUGGCAGGAGUCAUCUUCAUCGACCGGAAGCGCACUGGAGAUGCCAUCAGUGUCAUGUCUGAAGUCGCCCAGACCCUGCUAACCCAGGAUGUGCGGGUCUGGGUUUUUCCUGAGGGCACAAGAAAUCACAACGGCUCCAUGCUGCCCUUCAAGCGGGGCGCCUUCCACCUUGCAGUACAGGCCCAGGUUCCCAUUGUCCCCAUAGUCAUGUCCUCCUAUCAAGACUUCUACUGCAAGAAGGAGCGCCGCUUUACUUCAGGGCGAUGUCAGGUUCGGGUGCUGCCCCCAGUGCCCACAGAAGGGCUGACACCAGAUGACGUCCCAGGUCUGGCUGACAGAGUCCGGCACUCCAUGCUCACUGUUUUCCAAGAAAUCUCCACUGAUGGCCGGGGUGGUGGUGACUAUAUGAAGAAGCCUGGAGGGGUGGGUGAGGCCCGGCUCUGAGCUCCCCUCUCAUCUACUGUCACCUGCCUCCCCACACCUACCAGCCCAGUGGGCCAACCCUCUAUCUCAUUUCCCCUCUCCCCACUUGUUCCCCUCUUUGGAAUCUUCAACUUCUGAAGUGAAUGUGGACACAGCACUGCUUUUUGCCCCUUCCCAGUUCCCCUCAUGGACUCUUGCCUCAGUACAGUCUCCACUCUGACCUCCACCCACCUCCUGUGCCAUCUUGUCUGUGGGACAGUUGCCUCCUCCUCAUCUCCAGUGGCUCAGCCUACACAAGGGUGGGAACACUCCAUCCUGUCCCCCGUGAACCCUUUCUUUGUGGUUUUUCUCUCCUUUCCACCCAACAUUGGCCAGUGAAUUCAUCCAUUCUGUGGAACAGUUCCCCACCCCAUCCCAAGUCCAUGGAUUCAGUGGAUUGGAUUCAUGCUGUGGCUGGAAGCUGAUGCCUGGAACACUCCCCCAGGCUCAUCCUGGGAACGCUCCUCAGAACCUUCACCCUCCCUCCCAUGGUGCCUCCUGUUAGUUGAGGCUGGAUUCUUUUUACUCAGAGGUGUCAUCAUUGUCCGUGCCCAGGUGCCCAGGUUUGAGCACACUCCUGGAUACCAGUUUGGGCUUCAUAUUUCUGCUUCCCCCGUCUCCGUGGUACAGUUUUUCAGUGGUCCUGGCCCCAACCCAGCCCCCUGUAGCCCUGCUGUACCAUUCUAACCAGAUACAAGGGGAAGAGGCAGACAUCAGGUGCUGUAUCACUUCUGCUCACUGAGAAGUUGGGGAAAGGAACUGAACCCUGACUGGAGGGGAUGGGAGGGCUUUUAAUUUAUUUCUCUUUCUUUUGAGGCUUCCCCUCUGAGCCAGUUUUCAUUUCCUCCCCUGUGGCAUUAGCCACUCCCUGCCUCCCACACUGUGCCCACAACUGGGAAUGUGGGCUGGGAGCAAAAGGAGAGGGUGGGACCCAGUUUUGCGUGGUUGGUUUUUUUAUUAAUUAUCUGGAUAACAGCAAGAAACUGAGAAUAAAGAUUGAGAGAGA